CAGGACGGUAGCAUACAGUGCAUCGCGAACAAAAAUUUCUCUUACACUGUACAGUCCAUAUUCAAGCAACCACAAUACUUGAACUCCUGAAGGAGGUAUUCAUUGAGAGGCUCCUUCCUCCUUCGAUGAUUUAACAACAGCCAGAAUGUCCUUUGGUUGUCAUUUCAGCCAACCCGGCCCCUUGUAUUGAGAGAACUGUCUGCUCAAAUCCAGUAGUCAAUCACCCGUUCACUGCUGACAGCUGAUUGAGACUUCAUCCUUCCAACCAAAAUGGAGGGAGUGAGCCAAGGAGUGAGCCAAGGAGCUGCUAUAGUGCCUGGGAUCGAUUCCGACAUCUUCACUAAUGCCAGCACGAUCACUUCCUGGUUACAGGAGCAGCCAGAAGAUGUAAAAGUUCAGCUCGCAAGGGGGAUAUUCAGCGAACUGAUUCGUGAUGUUGUACAUCCCCGGCUGUCCUCUACCAAGGCCUGCGUAAAGCUCUGUGGCUUUGUGCAGCUUUGUACAAAAUCCACCAACGACUACUUGCGCCAGUGGGCUUUCGCCGAGGACACCUCGAUGAGACUCUUUACUCUCUAUAUCGAGUUGAACGAAAGCCACCAACACAGUCCCAUGAAACUCGUCCUCGACGUGCUAAUUACCACUUUCACCCACAACCCAGACCCUGAAGUUGGGACAGCGAUCAAGACAGGCGUCUUAGACUCCCUUGCUGCUGUCGUCUCACGACAAUCCAGCAGGUCGUUGGUAAAGUCCUCGAUAAACUCGCUGGUCCAUUUUCUAAGCAAGCAUGCCAUCAACCUGGAUGACAUCGGCAGUGCGUAUCGGAAGAUUAAGCCCUCGCCCUCGGAGCUCCCUGACCUCGAGUUGUGGAGGUCCUUUGUCGGAGAUGUCUUCUCGUGGAUGAACCUGCGCCAUGUCUGCCCAAUUGCUGGUAAAUUCCUUGUGCAGCUCUUCCAGUAUCUUCAGGAACUAGCAUCGGGGCCUUCCCACCCGAACCUCUCAGGUUUCGGCAUCGGAGUCUGGCUAGAAUGGGUCCAACACGGGUUGGCUGCCAACCCAGACAUAUUGGAGACCAUCAAAAACUAUGUCUUCGCUCCGCUAUUUAAGACAGACGGUUCCUCAUCUUUGCAGUUGCUGGAGAUUCUCUGUCGUCAGAAACCAAUCGACGGUAUGGGCGGAGAGCUUGACAGCGGGGCUCGCCUCCAGCUGGCUGGCUUAGAAGUUGGCCGGAAAUGCGGACUCGUCGGCGAGCCAGGUUCAAGCAAUUCCACUGCGCCCGGGACAGGUGCGAUCGUCAUCCAAGCGGAGGUCUUGGAGCAUUUUCUUAUUCACCCGUCCCACAUUGUUCGUUCCAGCGCCCUUUCUCUUCUGAUAUCCUCCCCCCUUACCACCAGCCCGAUGUCUCAGGAGACGUUCGACUUGCUCCAGAGGCACCUCGCGACGUGCCAUUCCGACUAUGACACUAAGUUCCGGUGCGAGAUGCUCGGUUACUCAGGGGAGUUGGUCAACCGGGUGCAGAAUGUGAUUGCGGUUGCGAAAAGGAGCCUUUCCAAGUCGGGAGUGAAAACGAAGACACCAGCUUCUGUCAAUGGCCACGUGGCAACUACCCCUAAAAAGGCGAAGACGAACCCAGAAGACCUGCUAGGCGACGAGAAGGAGACUAGGGAGGUCCUGGAGCGGCAUGAAUCGUUUCUAAGCUGGUACAUGGCCUUUCUCAAAGGCGAACUUAUACCGACGGCGUCUUACCAACGUCACAUCACUGCACUGAGAGUGCUCCUUAUGUUCCUCAAGACCAAGAAACGAACUCUAGCCCCGGAGGAACCCUUCGACGUGAAUCCAAUAGCCACACUUUGCACCGACCCUACCUGGGAUCGGCUUAUCCUGGACUUGAUCAUGGAUCCUUUUGACGAUGUCCGAGAAGCAGCGGCCACGAUUCUGCAAAAUCUGCCACAGAGUAUCAUCUCAACGCAUGUCGAUUUUGGCGCCAACAGCUCAACUCUUCUCGCCUCGUUACGAGAGUUUUGUGCAAGGGUCACGAGCCUGGCAGGGAGAACUGGACGCGCCGACCAUGGAAAUGGCGCCGCCCGUUCCCAGGGGCUCCUUUGCAGUUGGCUAAGCACUCAAGACAUGCGCGUGGCUCAUAUCCUGGAUACUUUGGAUCGGCUAGAGGGCAAGCUGUCUCGGGCGGAACAAGAUCUCGGCCACGCUGCCACCGAAGACUCUGUACACGUGGACUUUGCCGCACUGGGUUACAUUUGGCAAGUUUUGGUGAGUGGCGACAAAUAUUCUGACUCAGAACGGCAGUCUCUUCAACAAGUUCAGCGCCGCAUGUUCCAGAGUUGUGAGCAUGUGUGGAAGAUCGUCCGGCCUGUACUGUGCAUCGACACCCCGGAAGGGCAUCUUCCCGAAGAGUUGGAAGAGGUAGAGGGUCUGGACACAAAGGACCUCCUGAGCUAUAGUUUCAGGGCAGUCCACGAGUCAAGUAAUCUCAUGCGUAUAAUCGUCAGUGGGCUCAGGAACUGUAACACUGCCACAGCGCUGUACCCUCCUCUCGAUGUCUUCAACGGAAUCGGCUCCUUGACAUUUGAUCAGCUGUCUAAACUGAGGCAUCGUGGCGCCUUCGCCACAGUGACUUCCACGUUUAGCACCUGCUGCCAGUUGACGCAGAAGUUGACAGACGCGUUCCCUGACAUGCCCAAGUCACUGGACCAUCUCCGCGCCUGGUACGAGGGAGCAAUAGCAUGCAUAAUGAAUCAAGCAUCAACAACCCGGCGCUCGGCCGGCAUCCCCGCAUUGGUGAUUGGGAUUUUGACAGCCAACGCAGAGUCACCAUCGUUUAAGGAGGUGAUGCUUACUCUUGUUCGCAUAGCGGAGAAGAUCGCACGAACUUCCGAAACGGACGGCUCAAACUUGCCGCAGGUGCAUGCUCUGAAUUGCCUCAAGGACAUAUUCAGGGGUUCCCUUUUGAGCAAGCGAGCCGAGACUUACCUGCCCACAACUCUUCAACUAGCGGCUAGCAGUUUGAGAUCCGAGGUGUGGGCCAUCCGAAACUGCGGUCUGCUCCUCCUAAGGAGCUUGAUCGACUGCUUGUUCGGGACUGGCGAGAGCAAGUCAAGCCUGGAGUCGGGCUGGGAUGGCCACACAGUCCGUAUCUCUUACAUCAAAUAUCCCACCCUGCCAGGGGUCCUCUUGGGCCUCUUGAAACCCGGAGAGAAGUCUUUGGAGUUGAGUGCUCAGUCCGGCGCGGCAGCAGAAGCAGUAUUUCCGGCGUUGGACAUCAUUCGCCGAGCUGGUCCUCCAGAAGAGCACCGAGAUGAGCUUUACGGCUAUGUCGAGGGAUACCUCGGCAGUCAUCUAUGGCAUGUCCGGGAAAUGGCAGCGCGCACCCUUUGUUCGUUCCUACUUCGUGCAGACUGGGUCGGCGCGGUCAAGGAACUCCUCUCUCGGUCCCGGAGUGACGCGAAUCGCCUCCAUGGAACCCUGCUUACUAUCAAAUUCGUCCUUGAGCGAAGGAUGGAGACAGGCGCCGACGCAGCAAAAGAGGACCUGCCGCAAAUGAUAUCAACCAUGGGUGAACUUCUCCAGGAAUGCAGAUUACUACAGGCAAGCCCAGAGGUCCGCGCUGCUCUUUUGGAGAUCUUAAACCUCAUAUCGAGACUCAACCUCGUAGCGAUUCUCGAAGAGACCCCCGCGGCAUCCAUACUCGGCAAUGCGUCCGAGCAAGGCCAGGCUACAAUUGCCUCGGCCUCUUCGGCGUUGUUGCGGAUGCAAUUGGGCAUACAGAUUGUACACGAGAGUGCCAGGCAUGCCGACGUUGGCAGAUUACAGCUGGGUCUGAAAAGGGCGCUCGAAAUCGAUGCCGACACGGCCUGUAAUAUGCUUACGACCAUACCGGAGACAUGGCAAGCCCGCGGCGCUCCUGGAGUCUGCUCGCAGUUCUGUGAGCUUUACUUAGACGUGCCCAAGCACUCGGAUCGCCCUGAGCCUCGGACACUAGCCUUGCUGAAUCUCAGGGACCUGAUGGACAGCAUCCUGCACGAUGGCGAGCUGGACCAGCUGCCAAGUGAAGAAAGGCUCCAGCAACUAUGGGCGGAAAUCCAAAUGGGAGAUAUUAAUCCCACCCUGUCUCAGGCAAUUCUCGCAGUUAGCGGCACCCUGGUAGCAACAAGGGUAGUCCGAGGCUCGGUCGGGCCCCAGACAGUCGAGCAUCAAGUACGGGCCUGGGGCGCCAUGGUAGCUGAUGCCCUCGACAUAGACAACACCUUCGACACGCGUUUUGCCGCCACCGAGGCUAUCCGAUCCUUCACCUCGGCCACCGGUCCUCGUACGGGCUCGCAGUAUCUCCCCUGUAUUCUGGCGCUGUACGAUGCUCUGAAUGACGACGACGAAGAGGUCCGCGACGUUGCCGCGGCCGCGGCUGCCUCGAUCGUCGGGAGGAGAGUUGCGUCCCUCGAGGCAGCUGAUCUCCUGCUCGACUGGUUGGGAAGGCACUUUAGUCACGACGAGGCAUUCCGAUCUGCCGUGGCCGGUAGGCUGGUCGGGCAGCAGACGGAUCCGUGCUCGACGACAGAUCCGGCGUGGGCAUCCGCGGAGGACUUGCUUGACGAGGCGCUAGAGUUUGACGACUCCCUGUUCGCUGUUGAAGAGCAGAACCUCUUCAUCGACGAGGUCAGGGAGUCGAAAAGGUGGCUGCGUGUCUUUGGGGGAUUCGCCUCUAGGCCUGAAGGAGAGUCGCACCGGCGCUUGAGGGACUGGACUACGGCUGGCUUACGAGCCUUGAUCGGGCUUGCUCGGAGGGAUGAUAGACCUCUUGGUUGGGCCUCUCAACAACAGGUCUUCGCACUCUGCUCUAGGGUCCUACUGUGUGCUGGGACUCUCAAUACCAUGGGCAACAGCGCUGAACUGGGAGAUCUUUUGCGCGAGUUUUCAGUCGCUGGGAGGGCGUCUGGGGUCCAUGGAUCACUGCUGCAAUAUGCAGGCGGCCAACCUGAAUGACCAAGAGUCGUCCUAGUGACGCAAGCAUAGAUAGAUAGACAAUUGAGGUCGCAAGAUGUUAGAAAUAUCUCGUCUUUUUACG